AUGGACACCCCCUUUGAACAGGCACCUGCUUUGCCACCGGGGCCUUCUCUUCUUGAUGAUAACGAAUCCAAUAUGCUCGACAAUUUCUUUACUACCAUGAACGCAAACCACUUUACGAAUGAUUUCUGGAUGCGACAAGAACAUAAACCCGGGGUACCCAGCUUUGACUGGUCAGCUGAGCUGCCACCCAACUUCGAGGGCUCAACCACCUCACUCUCGCAGCCUUCAUUUCCGCAGCAUGGGCCAGGCAAAACGACCGGCACCAUGACGACAAGCAACCCUACAAGCUCGGAUAUAUUCGCCGCAGCCUCCAUGCUUUACCAUACUGGUCUGAACGGAUCAGAGCUAGGAUCCACGCUAGCACAUCAAGCAUUCCCAGGACAAUCUCUCCCCAUUCAUGGGGCACAACGAAAUAAUUCACAUACUGGCCAUACUGCACGCCCAAAUUCAUCUCCACCUCGGGCGGAUAUUCCGGCUGGAUAUCAUACCUCAGAGAUGUUUUUUGAUGUCCGUGACCCUAUUCCUGUGGACCAGCAUCCAUCAAGAAAGGCCCGCAGUUUGCGUUGGGGCUCAGAUGCUAGUUUCAUGGACCAAGGCUAUCUUCGUCCACCUGACCAGCCUGAUGAGGAACAACGAACAAAUGACAUGCUCGAUAAUCUCGGAUGCUUGGAACCCCAAAGCAGUGCAGCAAACACGCGAGCACCUACUCCAGAGUACAUGCCUGGGGCUCCCCCUCAACAACUUCCCUUCCGGGGUAGUGCUGUCCUAGAUGAGAGCUUACAUCCUCGAAAACGGCAGCGAGCCAUGAAAGAGGAAGUCGAUGAAUACUCCGAUGACGAUGAUGCACGACCUCAUUCAAGAAAGUCUAGAGGAUCUAUCAGUAGAGGCCGACGGGUGUCGACGGAAAUUCCUAGAAAACCCCGACUACAGCCAGGGUCCAAAGCUGCACGAGAGAAUCUCACCGAAGAGCAAAAACGGACCAACCAUAUCCUUUCGGAGCAGAAACGCCGAAAUCUCAUUCGCCAAGGCUUUGAAGACUUGUGCACCCUAGUACCUGCACUCAGAGGCGGCGGGUUUAGCAAAAGCGCCAUGCUCACUGGAGCCGCUGACUGGCUUGAAGAUCUUCUCCAGGGAAAUGAUAUACUCCAAAGCCAGCUGCGUGAAUUGAAGGGAAUCAAUGGCUUGGUGAUGCCGCGAUGA